UAUCGAAAGUUGCCCGUUUUCCUACUAGUUUACAAUACAUUAGGCAAAUAUAGAUCUACCAGUAUACACGUAGAUCUCCUUGAGUAGUUAGCAACGAUGGAUCACAAUAGCUAUCAUCCAUUAUCUGUUUCUUCUAUGAAAAAUAACUUUAGAUCUUGGAAAAACAGCAGACCAGAUUUUGAAGUUGAAAUAGCUCUAAGAAUAGCAGUUUACAUAUUAUUUUUAAUUACAGACAAAGCACAGGCUAAUCGGAGAAUCAUUCAACCUGAAGAAGCAUGGUUAUAUAAAUAUCCUCAAACUGCCAGUUAUGUUGAAUUUAGUACACUUCAAAUUUCAAACGUGAUUUUGUCAAUUAUUGUAAUUGGUUCUCUGUAUAAAUACAACAGGAAUAUCAGUCAUGCACUUAAUGCAGCCCUUGGUGUCAGUUUGUCAACAUAUUUUUCUUUGGUUAUCACAAACCUAAUAAAGAUCACAGUAGGAAGGCCUCGUCCUGAUUUCUUUUCACGAUGCUUUAAAGAUCCACCAACAGACGUUAACGUUUUAGCCCAGGCCCUGUGUGAUCAAAAUGAAGAUUCAGUUAACCAAGGCUACAAGAGCUUUCCUAGUGGUCAUUCCACAAUUGCAUUUGGAUGCAUGGCAUAUCUCUCAUUAUAUAUAGCAAGCAGCCUUAGAGUUUUUAACUAUCCCAAGGGGCAUUUUCCAUGUCUACGAUUAAGUGCAUUUAUUGCUCCUCUACUGUGUGCCACACUGGUAGCAGCUUCUAGAACCUGUGACUAUCACCACCACUGGCAAGAUGUUUUAGUUGGGUCUUUGAUUGGGCUGACUGUUGCUUACAUGAGCUUCCGCCAAAGCUUCCGUGGGCUUACAGAACCAAGAUCUGAUUUAAUACACCCACUCUCACCUUUGCCAGACUCGUCAUCACCACCACUGGCGACUGUAGAAAGUCACUCUUCAAUGUAAAGCUGAUCUGGAAAUUGUUUUGAAGUUUAAAGAAACCGCAUAGUCAACAUGUAUCACUAGAGUGCACUGAUAUCUGUUUUUUGACAUGUUAGUGUACAUGGUUUUACCCUUUUAAAACAACAUUAAUUUUUAUUUAACAGGUAUUGUAGGGUAAUGCAUGUUGCAUGCAGAUUAUGUGCGUGAUCUUAAAGAUUAUCAAAACAUAUGGUUGUGUAAUGAGACAGAUUUUUAUAAUGAUUGUCUAAACAAGAAAAGUAUAUUUUUAAAUAGUUUAAAUAUAAUGAUAAUUUUUGUUCUAAUUUUUACCCAAUAUGUAGAUGGAGAUUAUCAAUUUGCUAAUUUAAUGAUAACUGAAUGAAUUACUUGUCAAAUGGUUUUCUUUAAAGUUCAAUUUUAUAUAAUGUUUUAUUUACACUGAUUAUCACAGAUUCAUUUUAGAAUAUCUUCAUUCACAAAAUCUAAAAUUCUACAUAUCUAUAUCAUCAUUUGAUGAUGAUUUUAAAAAUAUUCUGCUCAAAAAACUUUUUUAUUCUGUUUCAAGUUUAUAUACAAAUGACACAAAAUAUGUAUUCUCUUUUUACCACUUACUAAUACAUGUUAUUAUGGUAGUAAUAUUUGUUUUUCUUUUUAGUAUUUCAGUCUAAUUUGGAAAAGUUGUGUCCAAAUUAAAUAUUCAAUGUCAAAACAUGUUAUGAUACAACUCCUCAGUCAGUUAUAUAUCUCUUGGUACCUCUUCUCUUGGGUUCUUACAAGCACAAAGUUUCAACUCGUAAAUAUUAAAAUAUAAAAUCUGAAUAUUUAUUUCUUGGUUAAGUAAGAUGACUCAUGACCAAUGCCAACUAGCCAAUACAGGCAACAAAGUCCAUUGAACUUGUAGAACUCUCAAUAACUGUUAAUACAUAAGUGGGACAUAACUUCUGUCUAUUUAUUUCUAAGUACUUCGUAUUACUUCUUAAACCUGAAUUUGUAUUUGAUUGUGUGAUAUUGACAUUUUUUCUGGCAUUUUUCAUCUUCCUAGUCAGUGAAAGACAUGUACAAGUCUACACAAUUUAUUUCCCUGGGAUAACAUGGUUGCAUUUUAUUUGUGCCAAUUAAAAAAUUAUUGUUUUUUGUUAUUACUUGCCAAAAUGCCAUUCCUUUUUAUUACAUAAUAAUUUUCCUUUUGAGUUUUAAAAAAAAAAUGUGUUACUUACUUUUAUUCAAAAGUUAAACCAGCUGUGUUUUAUUUACAUAUUGACAUAUAUUUUAAUAAGUAUAUGUUAAGAUAAUGGGUGAGAAAGGUUCAAGUUUGUUUAAUUUUUUCCAUGACUAAAUAUUUCUUACAAUUUUUUAAACUUUUUAAUUGGUUGUUUUUUUUUUUGUACCAAAACCAGUUGUGAAAAUUGAAACAUAAAUCAAUC